AUGGCGGACCGAUAUAUUCCAGAGCAUCGCCGGACGCAGUUCAAGGCCAAAAAUCAGUUCAAACCCGAUGAGCUCCGUCGUCGACGUGAGGAACAACAAGUUGAGAUUCGCAAGCAGAAACGAGAAGAAAAUCUUGCCAAGCGACGAGGUAUCCAAACCAGCGAUGGCGGCAUCAUCGGUGGCCAAGUUGGUGUUGAUAGCGACGAGGAGGAGGGCGGAGCCAUUGAAGGCGAGCUCAACGUCGAACUUCCCGAGAUGGUAAAGGGGGUAUUCUCAGAACAGAUUGACGAGCAGAUCCAAGCCACCACCAAAUUCAGGAAGUUGCUCUCCAAAGAACGCAACCCACCCAUUGAACGCGUUAUUGAGACUGGUGUUGUUAGCCGUUUCGUCGAAUUCCUUCGCUCCCCUCACACUUUAGUCCAAUUUGAGGCUGCCUGGGCCUUGACCAAUAUCGCUUCAGGCUCUGCUCAGCAGACCCAGGUUGUCAUUGAGGCCGGUGCUGUCCCAAUCUUCGUGGAACUCCUUAGUAGCCCCGAACCUGAUGUGCGGGAACAAGCUGUUUGGGCUUUGGGUAACAUCGCUGGUGACAGCCCUCAAUGUCGUGAUUAUGUCCUUUCUGCAGGCGCCCUUCGCCCUCUCUUGGCUCUUAUCAGCGAUGGCCGCAAGAUGAGCAUGCUCCGCAAUGCCACAUGGACCCUCAGCAACUUCUGCCGUGGCAAGACCCCACAACCAGAUUGGAAUACAAUUUCCCCGGCACUUCCUGUCCUCGCCAAGUUGAUUUAUAUGCUGGAUGAUGAGGUUUUGAUUGAUGCUUGCUGGGCCAUCUCAUAUUUGUCUGAUGGUUCUAACGACAAGAUCCAAGCGGUUAUUGAAGCUGGAAUUCCUCGUCGCCUAGUAGAGCUUCUCACACAUGCUUCUACCUCUGUUCAGACACCUGCUCUCCGAUCGGUUGGCAACAUCGUUACUGGAGAUGACGUUCAAACUCAGGUCAUUAUCAACUGCGGUGCCUUGCCUGCAUUGCUCUCCCUUCUUGGCUCCACCAAGGAUGGCAUCCGAAAGGAGGCUUGCUGGACAAUUUCUAACAUCACUGCUGGAAACUCCGUGCAGAUUCAAGCCGUCAUUGACGCAAACAUCCUUCCACCACUCAUCAACCUUCUUUCUAACGGCGAUUUCAAGACUCGCAAGGAAGCUUGCUGGGCCAUUUCCAAUGCUACUUCGGGUGGAUUGCAAAAGCCAGACCAAAUUCGCUACCUAGUAUCUCAAGGUUGUAUCAAGCCCUUGUGCGACCUUCUUGCAUGCCCUGACAACAAGAUCAUUCAAGUCGCUCUUGAUGGUCUAGAGAAUAUCCUCAAGGUCGGUGAGAUGGACAAGGAGUCCACACAAACUGGCGAGAGCAACCUCAACCGCUUCGCUCUUUUUAUCGAAGAAGCUGGUGGUAUGGAGAAGAUUCACGAGUGCCAGAAUAACGCCAAUGAAGAGAUUUACAUGAAGGCAUACAACAUCAUCGAGAAGUACUUCUCUGAUGAGGAUGAAGCUGGUGGUGACAUUGAUGAACUCGCCCCUCAACAGACACAGACCGGUUUUGCUCUAGGUACCAACCAACAACAACCUGGCGGCUUCAACUUUGCCAACGGUGGUGGCGACUCCAUGGACAUGUAA